CGGCAUGUCUUGCAGGUUUGAGAAUGCCUUCGUAGAAUUCUAUAAAACCCACCCAGGACUUCCUUCACUUGGCCAUUCUCUCUUACUCUCUACCCGCAGUUUCAUCCACUCAUUAGACCGCUCGAGUCAGUCUUUCGUUGAGAUACUAGUCGCUCAUUUUACAUUAAUCUAAUACCUACGUACAUAUUAAUAGCCACUCGAUUCAACUUCAACGUGCCAGAAAUGAAGUUCACCACUACCAUCUCCAUCAUCGCCGCCUUCUACGGCUUUGCGGCAGCGGCCCCCUCGCCCGCGCACGCAUCCGCUCUAUUCCCCCGCGAAGACUGUCCCUACGGCGGCAACUGGAACCACUGCGAGCUCAAUGGCUUAUACGUCGUCUGUGUCAACGGCCACGCUACUAAGUACACUUGCGAUGGGGGCUGCCAGGCCAUCUGCCCGGAAGGCCAGCCCUGCACACCUCGCUGCGAUAAUGGCCACCCGGCCUAAAGGAUUUGGAUAUGGAAUUGUGCGGGAGAUGGCGGAAGUAGAGGGGUUGAAUGGGGCCGAUUAAGCAGGAUCCGAGUUUAGUUCAGUCAAGUCACAGUUGAGAAUAUAAGCCUUCACAAUUAAUACUCACAGAUUCUCA